AUGUCGACUGUCUUCCUCCAUGUGGGGCAAGCCGGUUGCCAGAUUGGAGAAGCCCUGUGGCCUGCGCUAGCGCAGGAGCGCCCUGGCUCGCCGGAGUUUUUCAGAACUCGAAGCGAGGUUUGCCCUCGGGCAAUCCUGGUGGAUGCAGAGCCAAAGGUUGUGGAAAGCGUACUGUCUCAGGUGAACGGCACAUACUCUUUUGAUCCUGCGAGUGCGGUCAUGACCCAAAGCGGUCGGGGGGGGAAUUUCGCCUUGGGGUACUCUGGAGAUUCCCUGGGACAUGCCUCCUCUUUGGAUGGAGACGUGGAGCCUCUUUGGGCCAAGGCAGUUGAUCGAUUUCGACAGCAGGUGGAAGCAUGCCACGGCCGACAUAUGGGGACAUACUUGGCACAUUCCUUGGGAGGAGGCACCGGGAGCGGUCUCGGAGCGCGGCUAGCAGAGGAACUGCGUGACGCAUACCCCAAGGCAUCGCUGCUCGCAACCUCCAUCUUGCCAAUCUCCAGUGGGGAGAACCCAAUGCAGAGCUACAAUGCGAUUUUGUCGCUCUCCUGCAUGCAAGAAGUGGCCGAUGGAGUGGUUCUGUAUGAGAAUGAUGUGCUGCUUGCUUCUGCCUCAUCUACUGAUGACAGCAAAGCUGCAGAUCACACUUCUGGGGCUUCAUUAGCUUCCAUGAACUCUAUUCUGGUGCGUGAUAUUGUCCCUCAUUUGUGCCCAUUUUCGCAGGUGGCCGACCUCAGCGAAGUGCUGUCUGCAAUCGUCCCCUUGCCAAGUCAUAAGAUUGUGCAGGCAUUCAGCGGCGAAGUGCUCCCAUCACUCGGUCCGCCCACGAGCCCGAAGCCCACAAUCGAUGCUUUGCGUCUUCCGCGAAGUGCCCGCAACUCUGGUAACGUGAUUGCUGCGCGAGCAGUGGUCCGCGGCGCGCCGAAGCAGCUGCUUGGCGCAAGCUCGGUCUUGAAAGACGAGCUGCUUGAUCGAUUGGGUGGCGCAGCGCCUUGGCAGCCUUUUGCACUUGAUGUGCUCUGCGGCACGCAGUCUCUACGCUCAGCACCGGCGGCGCGAGCGAGCAUGCUGACAAACUGGAGGAGAGUCACGCAGGUGUUGCGGGGCCUACAUGCUCGAGCUUGCAAGAAGUAUGCCUCUCGCAUGUUCCUGCAUUGGUACGAAACCUACGGCUUCGGCCCAGAUGCAUUCGCACAGGCUUUUGAGCAAGUGGAGCGCACGAUCUGGAACUAUGAGGGUUCGCAGUGA